AUUACAAUACCUCGCUUCUGGAGUAGAGGAAGGACUGCCUAGUGAUGUAGCCGCCAUUUUUUCAUGCUUUGCGAGGAGGCCUCGUGGGUGGAUGAAGUCAGAUCACAUGGUCACUUUUCCUUUUUCCCACACAAACACACCCACAUCCUCACCCUAGCCUCCCUCCCUCUCUCCGCUACGCGCGGCCGCCACUCGCCUCCUCUGAAUACCGAAGUGUACGCAAUGUAUCCACAACGGGACUAAUAUCCACCUGGCUCACUUUUAUCCACCUUUCUGGAGCCUUUUAUUUUGGGAAAAGAAUUCUACUCCACGCCGUCCGGAGAACUUUUGAGAUUCAAGAGGACGCGUAGGUGGCGGGCUGUGGUAGAAGAGUCUCUGCUGGAGGAUGAGUCUGGUGGAGGUGAGGCAGUUGGCGAGCUCGCUGACCCUGCCCCUGUCCAGCAAUGACUCUAAGGACCGCUACUGCGAGAGUGACCCGGAGAGUCUUCGUGGCCGAGCCAUGUCACCGGACCUCAGGCAGGACUUCAACAUGAUGGAGCAAAAGAAGAGGGUCACCCACAUCCUGCAGAGUCCAGUGUUCAAAGAUGAGCUGGAAGGCCUGAUUCAGGACCAGAUGACCAAGGGCAACAACCCAACAGGUCUGCUGGCCCUGAGACAGAUAGCCGACCUAAUAAUGGCCAGCACGGUGGGAGGGGCUGGGCCCUUGACGUCACCCAUCAGCUUGGGAAUGGUGUCUCCGAUCAAUGACUUGUAUGCCGUGGAGUCCCCAUCCUUUUCUAAAGGCGAGAAGCAGAGCCGCUGCAAGUUAGCUGGCCUCUACAGGCUCAUUGACCUUUUUAGCUGGGCUCGUUUCACAAGUUCCUACAUCACCGUGCGUGUCAACAAAGAACAGGACCAUGUUCUGAUCAGUCCAAGGGGUCUGUCUUUUGCUGAGGUGACCGCAGCAGCUUUGGUGAAAGUGAACAUGAUCGGUGACAUAGUGGACCAGGGAUCAACCGACUUUGGCAUUGACCACUUCGGAUUUGCUCCUCAUGCCGCAAUUUACGCCAUGCGGCCUGACUUGAGAUGCAUCGUCCACGUUCACACACCCGCUACAGCUGCAGUGUCCUCCAUGAAGUGUGGAAUACUGCCCAUUUCCCAGGAGGCCUUGCUCCUUGGAGAUGUGAGCUGCUUCACUUACCAUGGCAGCCUGGAUAAUAAAGAGGAGAAGGUGGAGUUUCAGAAAGCUUUGGGCCCGACUGCCAAGGUGAUGAUCCUUAGGAACCAUGGACUGCUGGCAUUGGGAGAAACAGUAGAGGAAGCCUUCCACUACAUGUACCACUCACAGCAAGCAUGUGAAAUCCAGGCACAGGCAUUGGCGUGCUCAGGUGGCGUGGACAACCUUGUGCUCCUCGACAGGGAGAAGUUCAAACCCCUCACACAGGGAGUGGCCGCCGCCGGGGUGCCUGUAAGCAACGACUUCAAAUGGAAAGUUGGAGAGGCUGAGUUCGAGUCGCUUAUGAGGAUGCUGGACAACCUAGGAUACAGAACUGGCCACUCAUACAGGAACCCCAUCGUUCGUGAAAAGCCCCGAUCCAAGAAUGACGUGGAGAUCCCUGCCACGGUGUCUGCAGUCCCGCUGGAUGACGACGCAGCAGCAGGUCUGCGCAGCCCUUUCAAGUUUAUGGCGCAGAGGCAGCAGCGGGAGCGAACGCGAUGGCUCACCUCACCGAACAGCUACUUGAGGGUGAACGUACCGGAGCAUUCGCUUAGUGGAGACGUCAGCCCCAGAACCAAAACUAUGUGGAUGAAGUCAUCAGAACCGGGAAAAAGCAUUGGUACUCCAAUUAAGAUUGAAGACCCCAACCAGUUUGUCCCCCUCAAUACUGACCCCACGGAAGUUCUGCACAAAAGGAACCGGAUAAAAGAGCAGCACAGAGGCGACCAGAUGACAUCGGGUCCAAAGUCACAUUUACUGGCCGGUAUUGUUGUGGACACCAUCCCAGGACCUGCUUUCAUCAUAGAGGAUGAGGAGCACACUCGUUCCCUACCGCCCAAUCCUUUCAACCAUCUGACCAAGGAGGUGCUAGAGGAGUACAAAAGCUUGGUGGAGCGAAAGCAACUAGGCCAAGAAGAUGAAGACGCCACAGAUGCGGACGAGAUGACCACGUUUGAUGGCUCCACAAUCUCACUCUCCCUUUCGCCCAUGAUGACACCAAUCAAGCUAGACACAAUAGCCAACGGGAACGAGCACUUGUCCGAUCAGGACGAGGACCUGAGCCUGGAGGUUUCCAAACUGAGUGUGAGUGCUUCGGAAUCUCUGGAAAUCUCCAUGAGUGCCAAGGAAGAGACCCCGGAGAGCCAGAGUAAAAAGAAGAAGAAGAAGAACAAGUUCCGCACGCCUUCCUUCCUGAAAAAGAGCAAGAAGAAGGAGAAAAGUGAGGUUGCUGUGCAUUAACGCCAAAAUAAGUGGGUGUAGAUGCUAAGACAGAGGCUUUAUACGAAUGAAGGGAUGUAAACUAGUAAGGUGCUUGUUUGGCCUGUGUGUUUUGAUGAAUUGGCUUUCAAGAAGUAAACCUCUUGAAGUGUUGAAGUAUUUCCCUUUUGCACAAAUUUCUUGUAUGAAUGUAUUUGAAAGGGCACACCUGUUGCGUAAUGGUGGCCGCUAAUAUUCAGUCGACAGCCCUAAAGGAGUACGAUUUGUAUUUUAAAAGACAUUCCUGAUUAUAUUGUUAUGUUCCUUUUUAGCGGGGGUGGGAAACCUUUGGCUCGAAUGCUGAAAGAGCCUUGUGGAAGGAAGAUUUGGACUUCAUUCGUGUGCAUUUAAGAACUAUUUCUGUUAAUGUUGCAAAAUUAUUCAGCAUAAAUUUACAAAAAAAAUCUUGAUGGAUUUGACUUAUUUCUCACUGAGAAUUUUCUCCUGAUAAUCAGAUUUGUCAUAAAAUAAGAUAAUUUUAAGUACAGUGGUAUGAAAAAGUGAACCUUUUUCAAUUUCUCAUAUUUCUGCAGAAAAUGAUCAUAAAAUAUUAUCUGUUCUUUGUCAAAAUCACACAGAUGAAAAAAACUGUCUGCUUUAACAAAACCACCCAAACAUUUAUACGUUUUCAUAUUUUAAUGAGGAUAGUAUGCAAACAAUGAGAGAGAUGAGAGAUGGUUUUGCAUCCUUUCCCAGCUUUAUACAAAAAAAAAAUCCUUGAUCGCAGGUCUUCAGACAGCUCUUUUGACCAAGCCAUGAUGCACAUCAGACAAUGCUUCCCAUUAAGACAAUUCCUACCAGGUGUGUGUUUUAUAGUGGGCAGGGCAGCUUUAAAUACUCCUCAGUGAUUAGGCACACCACCUGACUUCAAUUGUUUGGUAAAAAUUGAUUUCAAUUGCUCUUUAAGUCUCCUUAGGCAGAGGUUCCACUUACUUAUUUUUACCUUUCUGUCAUUGUUUGCAUGGUAUACUCAUUAAAAUAUAAAAAUCCUAUAAAUGUUUGGGUUGUUUUAGUUAAAGCAGACACUCUUUUUACAUCUGUGUGAUUUUGACAAAGAUCAGAUUCAGAUCACAUUUGAUGGUGAUUUUUUGCAGAAAUGUGAGAAAUUCCAAAAGGUUCAGAUACUUUUCCAUACCACUGUAUUUAAAAUAUUAUUAUAUUAUUAGUUUUAAAAUAAAAAUCAGUUCUGAUAAAAUUAACAGCUUCGUUAUUUCUUAUUUGGUUAUUUAAAAAAAACAAAACUAUUUUUUCUUUGCAACAUUUCUACUUGGAUUUUGUCAAAUUACAUUAUUUUGAGAGUAUUACAUACUUUAAAGUUUAUCCUGGUAAAAUGAAAUCUGUUUUCUAGUAUCACGGCUUAAUUCUUGAAAAUGAAAAUGCAUCACUACACCAUCAGUCACUUGUCAAGUAAUAUUAAAAGUUAAUUCUGGCAAAAUAAAUCGUAUUUAAAAUUAUUUUUACAAUGAUCUUAACUUUUUAUUGUAAUGAUUAAGUUUAAAAUCUCUUUAAAUUAGGUACUUCUCAUUUUUAUUAUUUCAUUUGUACAUUUUUCCCCAGAAAUAUGACAAGUUUGUGGUAGAAUAAAAAAAAAUUCUUGUGAUAUUUGAAAUGUAUGUCUUAUAGUUGUUUAUUAUUCCUUUUAUAAAAACCUCAAGCAUUAAUAUUACAAGAAUACGUUUUGUUUGUUUUAACAGUUUAACGUAUGUACACUAUUUCGACUCGCAACAAAAAACUUUGGAAAACGACUUUUUGGGGUAGGGGUGGAGGUUUAAUUCAUAUAUAUUUAGUUCUAACAUUCCACCCACAAAUAGUCCCACUGUAUAAUAAUGAAAAAAUGUUUGACAUUUUGUCUAAAUGCAGUCAAGCCCAUCCUGGAAAAAGGUUCCUCAGCCCCGCUUUCUAUACUAGCUGUGACAUAAUAUUUGUACGUUGUUUUUAAAUGAGGUUUGCUAACAUUUAUCCACUAACUCUUGUACUAAAAAAACAUGCUGUGAUGAAUUAUCCAAGUAAUAAUUGUUGUGGUUGCUGCUUUACUGUUCUGAUGAAAAUUAACCAAGCAAUGAAGCUUUUUUUUUUUUUUUUUUUUUUUUUUUUUGUGUGUGUGUGUCAGUGGCCUACAAUGUGAAUGUGUCGACCCAAAGGGAGCGAGUUGCUUUGUAAAUAUGUUUUUGCUACACUAAAAAUGAAAUGUUUCCGAAUGUGACAAUCCUAAUACAUCAUUUUAACGCAUCUUUGUAUUCAUGUUAUUUUGUAUUCUUUACAUGCUUUUGAGCAGGCACAUUUGUUUGUUUGUGUAGUUAAAUUUUGCCAUGAUCAUACCACUUUUUGAAAUGUAUUUGAUGUUGGUGAAGAGGUAAACUCCUCCAGUAUAAAAUAAAGCUUUUUAGAACUAUUUGCAAAGCUUUUGUCUUUUCUUGUCUGUGAACGCAUGAAGACAAACAAAAUAAAUCUUGUCAUAUGUAGUACUAGAGAUAGACCGAUAUGGGUUUUUCAGGACCGAUACCGAUAAUCAGUAGUUAGAGGGGCGAUAAUCGAUUUCUAGAGCCGAUAUUCAUUUGCAAUAAAAGUUCAAAAAAUUGGCAAACACUGACCUUCAUUAAAAUGCCUAAAGCCUGAUUGUUGAAUCACACAAAUACAAAAUAAUAGCUAAUAAUAAAGGGUGGUGUGGUUCAGUGGUAGAGCAGUCGUUCCCCAAACCAGAGGCCGUGGGUUCGAUUCUCUGCCUUAAAAAGGUGGAAAGGC